AGGUUUAGAUAUAUGUCGGAAAAAUGCCCAGCAAAGAAGAAAGGAACAAAAACCAGACAAUAUGAAACAGAGGAUAUGGACAAACACUGCUUGGCAGAAGUGUCUGUGGAUAACUAUGAUGGUGCAGGAAAGAUUGUUGCAUAUUGUGUUGAUGCUACAGGAAAACUACAUCCAUAUAACCUGUUUGGGGAUCAGUGUAAUCGGGGAGUGUAUGUUGUGAGAUUCAGAUUUAGACAAGGGAAAGUUGCAAGAUUGUACAAAGUAAGUGUGACAACACCAAAAGCCAAAGAGUAUAAGGAAAAUCUGAAGAAUCAAUUAUCCUAUUUGACUGAAGUAGGAAUUCAAGAUAUAAAAUUCUGUACACCAGAAGAGAUACAAGAUAAACAGAUAGUUUAUGUUAUGUUCAGGGUCAUUCUAGAUAAUGGUGAUAUUCUUACCAAGAUAUCUACAGCAUUGCAAAAUAAAAAGAAAGGUAAAGAAUUCAAGAUUGAGGAUGUUGAACCAGUGUGUUGUCCCGCCAAUAUGCCAGUCGACUGUGUCAAUCCUUGGAAACACAGAAUAAUGCUUCAUGUCACUGAGGGCACUGCAUUCCCAUCUGAUGUUGGGCUAAAAAUUCGGGAGCGUGAUUCAAACAAAAAAAUUGUAUGGGAAGCAGAACCAGAUACAUUUCAUACUAUAAAACAGUGUGUGGUCAAGUUUGUACCACCUCCUUACAGAGAUCCAGAAACAAAGAAAGAUGUUGAAGUGGAAAUCUGCCUGUAUGACAAGGCAACAAAAAAUGAAACAGAACCGUUCAAAUUCAUCUACAAGGGCUUAGAAAAUGUGAAACCUGAGAUGAAUUUUGAUCACAAGGCAAAGAAGCGAAAGCUGAUGGAUGACAUUGAUAUGGCCAGUACAUCAUUUAGUCCAGAUGUGCGUGGUGAGAGAAAAACUUUGACGGCUCUACGUUCCCGACCAAAUUCAUCAAGUUCUGGAAGCAGUAAUGGUUCAUCAGCUGAGAACUCUUUGACAUAUCAGGAGUCUCAGCCAUUGUUUGAGUCUGCUCAGAAUCGGUCAGCCACACCUACUGGGGUGGAAGAAGGAGCUGUUAGUCUUAGAGAACAGCAGCAAGGAAACGGACAGAUCCCAUUUCAGAAUUAUUCUGGUCAAAAUCCAGGACAAUCUAUAUUUGGAGCAAGCAAUGGUCAGUCAAGUAGACCACAGUCAGCUGGGUUCAGAGGUCAAAUGACAGGAACUGGAAUGCAAGCAAGUUCAAACCAGACUUCAAUAGUUACAUCAACUACAAGCGUGUUUUGUACCACCACUACUGCAACAACGUCGUAUGUUUCUCCAGAACUGCCAACCAUGUCUGUAAACAGUAGCAGGGAAAAUACCGCUUCAAAUAAUCAGAUACAGCCAGAAGCUACAGAACAACAUCCUGGUGUGAUGGUUUUGUCGGAAGAAGACAAACAUACUUUAGAUGAGCAGGGAGUUCAGCUACCUGAAUUAGGCCCAAAACAAAUGUAUGCUCUCAUUGGUGGCCAGAUUUAUGUUGUCAAUGACGACACUGCUGAGCAAUCUUCCAAUGUAACACAAACUCCUGCACCAUAUAACUCUCCAGCCACUUCCACUGUAACACAAACUCCUGCACCCUAUAACUCUCAGGCCAAUGUGCAGAAUAUUGGGCAACUUCAGGUGGUAAUUCAACAGUUUGCACCCCAACAGCCAGCUUCAGAGGCAGAACAAAGACAGGUUGAAUUCCCACCAAUGACCAGUGGUAUAUCACAGUCAAUGGGUGCCCAAAACUUUCCUAUGUCUACAGCAUCUAUGAGUACUGCUGUAGACCAAAGUGCAGUAUUGCAACAACAACGAAACGUUUUGAUGCAACAACAACAACAAGAACAACUGCUACAACAACAACAACUACAACAGCUGCUUCAGCAACCACAGGUUUAUCAACAGAUAGCACAGGUAGCACUUCAAGCUGGACUAGAUCCUACCGACCCAGUUGUGUUACAGCAGUUGCUACAGCAGAUCAGUGCUCUUCAGGGACAAACUAGUCUGCAACAGGGGAAUGCUGCUGAGGCAACAAUGUUUGGCGCUGGUGCUGAUCUUAACGAUGAUGAUUUGGAAGAAGAUGGUGGUUCAGUUAGUACGAAAAAUGCUUCUAAAAACAAAACAAACAAACCUAUGUCUGUUGUGAAAGCUGGUGAUCGACGGAACAAAAAGUUAAGGGGAAGUUCUGGUAUAGGUAAAGCUAUGUAUGAAGCUGAACAUAUGGAGUAUGUGGAAGGUGAAAUAGAUGAUGACACUAGAAUUCCAGUGUUUGUGAAUGAAGUGACCAUUGGGGAGGAGAGUAAUGACUGUGAUACUAACAACAAAGUGCAAUCUGUGAAAACUGUUCAUUACAAAAUGAAAAAUGGUUCAUUUGGAAAUGACAUUAGUUCAGAUGAAGGCGAAUCCAGAUAAUACAGAAUAACAGAUUAAAUAGGUAAAUGAAAUUAUUUUUUGAUAAAUGUACUUGAUUUUAUUGUGUGAUUUAGGUCCAGCCAUAUAAACUUGAAAAAUAAAAUGGAUUUAUAUUCUCUGAAGGAAAAUACUGUAGAUUUUGUGGUGCAAAGAGGAUAGAGUUAACAAUGUUGACAAAUAAAAAAUACAAUUUAAAGAGAUUCUAGGUAUUCAAAAUCUUGCGAAAUCACAUGAAAACUAAGAAAUGGAAAAGUCAGUUUUGUUAUAAAAACUGCUCUGUAUAGAGGCUUUCUCCUAGAAUCUCAUAUCGUGUUAUGGGGUGAUUUUGUUGUGAAUAUGAAUAUUUGUGAAUAUUUUGAAUUUACAUAAAAUAACCAGAUAGGAAAAUACAAGAAUGUGAUAUGAAUCAAGGAAAAGUACUGAUUUUCUGAAAUUCAUGGUGUUUGUGAUAUAAAGUUGUUGAUGCAAGGUACAGGAUGUACACUAAAAACUAAUAGUGGAAAAGAAGUUCCUAAUUUUGAAAGAAAACUUGCAAGUAAAUGUACAAUAUAACAUUAUAUUGAGGACUAUGAAAACUACAAGCCACGUUGUUGGGAAUAUUGUGUUUUUGAAUGGCUUAGUAAAAGUGUUUCUUGAACGUGUUUUCUAUAAUCUUAGUGUUAAUGAUGUGUUACUUGUCUACAUUUUUGGAGAAUGUGUUACGGUUAAUAUAUACAUGUAU